AUGGAUUCUCGCAAAAGAGGGUUCCCGAGCCACUGUAUAUGUGGUGAACGAGGAAGAAUGCUUACAUCAAAAACUGUUACCAACCCAGGAAGAUUAUUCUUUGCUUGUCGCUAUGGAGAUGAGAAAAAUCGGUAUCACUUGUUUAAAUGGGCGGAUGAAUCAAUGGUUGAAGAAAUUGAGGAUAUGAAACUGAAAAUUGAUGAUCUUGAAAGAGCUUCAUCAACUUUUGAAAAGGGUUUACAAGCUUGUGAAUCUGAAAUGGAGACUAUCACAAUGGAGACUCGGACAUGUGAGGCAGUGGUCUGCGGUUUUGAAAAGGAAAUAAAAAGGUUUGAAAAGGAGAUACAAGAAUGCAAGAUGGAGCUAAGAGGGUUGAAAAACAUGGUCGUGUGUGCUGUGGUGAUGGUUCUUUUGUAUAAUUUUCUAAUGUAA